UUGACUUGGAGUUACGAAGAGAUAUAGUGGGUCUCCGCCAUCGUUCUUUUCGACGGAUCGGUUGAUCGAACCUUCACCUCCAUCCACUCUACUCUUCCAUAACAAUUCUUGGAGAAAUCCACCCCAUAAUCCCAGCCAUGAUCACAGAGCUAUUCAAGAAGCGCUUGAGCACGUUCUACUCUAGCUGGAGAACCCACAGACAGCUUUGGGGAAACUCCGAUAUCGUAGUCGUCAGCACGCCGACGCAGGCGGCCUCCAAUUUACGAUCAUCAUCCACCGGGGACUUUUUCUUAUGGCUGUUCGGCGAAGAUCUUGCGGGAACCACGGCGGUGUUCACUCCAUCGUCGAUUUUCUUUCUCUGUACGCAGAAGAGCUUCUCCCGGCUGCGUAGUUUGGGGGGCUACGCCACGGAGGUGAUGAAAAUUCCGGUCUCCGUGGAACUUAAGCCCAGGAGCCCUGAUGAAGAAGGGUUUUUCAAGUUGGAUGGGAUUAUUAGGAGUAUGAGGCUAAGGCUUAACUCUGGUAAGUCUCCGUUCACUGCUGAUCUUACUUGCAUACUAACUGUUGGAUGUAUUGACAACGAGAUUCCCAAAUCCAAACUUUUGUUGAGCUGCGUGAACGGUUUUGAGUAUUUCGCUAAGUACAGGAUUGCCAGUGUGAAUUCCGGUGUGCGGCUGAUGGUUCAGGGUACUGAUUCAUCAAUAAUUUAUAUAAAUGAUAAAUUUUUGGCUGAUAAUAUACAAUUUAACAGAGGAGUUAAAAGGACUAUGGAGGACAGAAUCGAUUCCAUGGACAAACCAAAACUUCCUUCAUUGUCAGGAAGUUUAAGUUUGGGAAAGCUCGAAAAUUCUAAUAAUCUGAUUAAGGGUUUUAAGGAAAUGAAUAUGUCUUUAGGUGAGGUAGAGACUAGCAGCAAGGAAAAUACUGAUGAAAAAAUGAUAUUGGAAAAUUUGGGGGGGAAUUUUGAAAAGGCAGCCAAUGAACCACCUUCUUUAGUUGUAGAUCAAGGGAAAACCACAGAGCCCAUGAUGGAGGGAGAGACAAGUAAUGUGUCAUUUAGACUUGAGAAGGGGGAUGAGUCCAGAGAGUUUAAGCAGGAGUGUAUAGAUAAGCAGCCUGAGACCGAAAAGAAUGGUCUGAGGAAGGACAAAAAAGCAGCACGGAGGGGAUUAUCGGUUCCUGAACAGAGGCUGACGUUUUUCUAUUCAAGCUGGAGGAAAUACAGAAAUGAACUAUGGGGUGACUCCGAUGUUUUGGUGGUUACCACCCCGCCAUCCUCUUCGUCUGGGUCAAUGGCAACCAUGCUGGACCAUCCAGUAUCGUCUAGCUUCCUCUUGUGGUUGCUCGAUCGUGACUUCCCAAACACGACAGCUGUAUUUAUGGACCAAGCAAUUUAUUUUUUUUGCCCUAUUGAGAGUUAUGCAAAACUUUGUUUUUUAGGACUCUAUAUGACAACUGCAGCACAGAUUUCUGUUUCAGUCCAACAGAAGGUUAAGGCUGGUGAUGAAUCAGAACUGUUAAAUUCGACUUUAUAUGCUUUGUGGACUGACCGAGCUAAUGAUCUCCCUAUUACUAUUGGUUAUAUUGAUGGAGAAGCUCCAAGUUCAAAGGGGAAGUUGGAUGAAAGAAUGUUCCAAGCCACAAAUGUGAUAAGUGGUUUUCUAAAGCUUCUUUAUGAGGAGGGAGACGGAUUGAAAUCACUUCAAAGUCGGAGUUUGGAUACCACCGAAGAUAAGGGCAUUGAAAAUCUAGCUGAAAAUUAUCAGCAAGUGAUGUCCUUGUCGGAUGCAAAAGCUUCAAGCAUGGUCUCAAAUGAGCAACAGAAAGAUGAAGUAUUGCAAGUGAAGCUUGAAAACAAGGAUGAACUACAUAAAUCUGAGGAGGUUAAUGGCAAGAUUGGCAACCUGCCAUCCAAAUUUGCAGAGAUGAACAUUGUGGUUGAAGGGGAGCAGUGCCAUCAAAACUCAACUGAAGAAGAUGGCUCAGAGAGUAAGCUGCUCGUGGCUGAGAAGGAGCAAGAGUCUCAGUCUGGUAAUGUUAGAGAUGAUGGCAUUGAAAAUGCGAGCAAUCAGUCAAAGGAAUCUGUGGUGGUUUCCGAUGAUGAUGACUGGGAGAUCAUCGAGAGGCGCCAUGAGGGACAAGAACCAGAUAUAGCUAAUAAUAGCAACUGGAGGAGCUGGAUCGGCAGAGCAUUUAGCUCAGUCAGUUCGCACCACAAGGCAGCCGGUGAUGAAGGAUCAUCUUAAACUGCACAUUCUGGCUUUAUUAAUGCCUUCUCUGCAUUGAUGUGUAUAUUAUAUAAUAAUCAUAUUCUCUUUUAUUGCUACUGAGUACUAGUUUAGUGAUGAAUAACUGGACAGCCAAACUAUUUAGUUGGUUUCAGUGGUUUGCCAUGCAUAUUCAGUAUUUACAUUUGAGAAAAUAUUUGGUGUUAUGUGUUUUUGCAACUUUGCAUCAAUCUUGAAAAUUGUUCUAAUU